AUGCCUACCACAACUACCACAACCACUUCUACCGCCGACGCUUCGACGCUUUCUCCCGCCGCCCUCGAGUCCAAUCUCUUCAAUCACCUCGCGAGUACGUCUGCCCUGGAAGACCUACACGAUAACCUCCUUUGUGCUCUCCAACGCGCCGGCUGGACCGAGCGAGUCCGCAAUCUCUCCCUGGAACUCCUUCGCGCUGGCCGCUGUGACCGUUUCGAUGACGUUGUCGAUGCCGUUGUCGCCCUCGCCGAGGGAAGAACCCAUCCUGCCGUGACGCCUGAGGAUAAUGGAGAAGCGCGCGACCCGGAAACCGACGCCUUUUUCGAGAACAUCGAUGUCCGAAUACCGAGUUCCGUCGUUGAGCAGGGGGUGAAGGCGAUCAAAGAAGCGCUGCGACCGAUUGUGACCAUCGAAGAUGACGGGGACGCGACAGAUGGGGAUGGCGAGCAGGAGCAGUCGCAACCACAACCAGAGGAUUCAACGCCAACGAAGAAGGAAGAGCCCGCGGAUGGCAAGCAGCCGGAGAAGGGCAAGGCAGGAAAAGAUAUCGGUGGUGGCGGUCAUCGUAAGAGCAUCGACAACGGCAACAGCACGUCCGCCCCGCGUCCUCCCCUGAAGAACGGCGACGCGAGCCCCUCGAAGAAGCCAGCAGCGAAGGACAAGAAACCCAAGACCGGAGGCAAGGACGUCAAGACCAGCAGCUGA